CAAAGACUUGGAGACUAACAUGCACGACGAAGUGUGUAAACUAAAAAAAACUGACUUUGAAUUAGGUGAGAUGAAGCCCACACAAAAAGACAAUGUGAGCGGCACAGAAGAAGCAAACGAUGAAGAAGAAAGUACAGGCCAAACAUUCAGCAUAGCGGAAUUCAUUCCUUUGAUGGAAACAAGUUCACAGUAUGGUGAUAAAUCCAGUGGUUUGACGCAAGCUCUAUCUCACUACGAAUUCAACUCUCAUUCGGAAAGCAUGGGUUUCAGUAGUGUUCGGGAUGAAGCAUUCAUACCAGAAUUCGAAAACAGUGGUGAUAGUUGGUCGAAUCUUUGAUUUACGUCAUCAACACGACAUUAAACUUUUUAUAUUUUUUUAUUGUUCUGAUUGUUUGUUGUUGUAUUUAAAA